AUGAUGCACUUUCUGGGUCAUCGUCGAACGGCCUCGCAGCAGAGCAUCGACCCCGAGACACAACAGCAGCCACAGCAGCAAUGGCGUCCGCACCACCAGCAACGCCUAAGCGCGUCUUCGGCGCUCUGGCAGGCGGCCCAGGCCUUGGGGUCCAUUGGAGCCCCGGCCGCUGCCGCUGCCGCCGCCACCACGUCCCCUCCAGCUCCCGCUCCUGCUGCCUUUGAGUCUGCUGCUUCGUCAGCCUCAGCCUCCAAUGUCAAUUUGGAUGCCCCUCCAACAAUUCAUAGCACGGCUGGCCACACCCGCCCACCGCUGCCCAAUCUGGCGCCUUCUUCUUUGUCGUCUGUAUACUCGCAGCACUCGCCAUAUUCGCCUUGUGUCCAGCAACAAUUGCAACAGCAGCAACAGCAGCUGCAGUCUGGCUACCUCCAGUCCAACAACAACUCGCAUCCUCCUCCUCCUCAAACCGGGCUCGGCAUCGGGCUCGCUUCUCCCACCACUUCCUCCUCUCUCCAAUACACCCCGGGAGCCUCGAAUGCAGCAGCCUUGACGUCAACCUCGACCUCGACACCACCGUCGACGUCCACAUCCACAACGGCAGCCUCCACUGCCGCUGGUGCGCCUGGGCCAUUAGUGCCCAAAGUCCCCCCCGCCGUCCCCCCCGCCGUCCCCAACUUCCACUGGGACAACGACUACUACCACGAGACGAACAAUCAGAACACCACCAACAGUAGGGCAGUCACUCGUACGCCCACCACCGCCGCCGCGACCGACUCCGCUUCCGCCUUCGCCCUCCAGCCUCACCAAUCCCAUUCUUACUCUCGCUCUCAUUCUCAUUCUCACUCCCAUUCUUAUUCGCGCUCUCACUCCCAUUCUAACCCCUACUCUCCUUCCUCCUCCUCCUCCUCCUCCUACUCCUCUCAGCCGCCUUCCGCCUCCAGCAACCACCCUCCUUUCUCCCACUCUCGCUCCCAGUCGGACUUCGAGUACAACCAGCAGCGUGCCUCCCUCCCCGCCGCUCUGCUUCCAGCCCACGGCCAACAGCUGCACAGAGACUCUACCUACUCGCUGCCCGCCCACUCCACUGCGACUGAGACAUCAGGGCCGCCGGGCCUUUCCCCCUCCGUCACUCUGCUGCCCGCGCCAACGCCCUCCUCCUCACCUUCCUCUGCUCUCGCGGUCAUGAACCAGCAACAGCAACAGCCGUCGCCGCCGUCGCAGCAGCAGCAGCAGCAACAACCCCAGUUCCAGACUGGCACCCCGCGACGCCCCAGCACCUACAACUCCCAGCACGACGAAUUGCACAUGCCAGCGGGCAUGAUCCAGCACGGCCAGCCGUCACCCCGCGAAUACUCAUCGUCGUCUGCUGCCCCGGCCGCACCCCAUAUCAAGCUGGAGCAGUCGUCCCCAAACACUCACCCCCACGCGCCUUCCUACCAGAGCACAUCGUCGGUGCCUAACGUCUUGCAACCAGGUGGUGCAGGUGGUCGUCCUCCUGCCACCACUGCCAACACCGCCCCCAGUAUGUCUGCCAUACAGCCUCAGCAGCAGCAAGAAUAUCAAACGCCUUCCAAACCUCCCAGCCUGAGCCUGUCCCACAGCUACUCGCGCUCCUCGCCUGCUGCCGGAUACGAAGGUGCCUCGUCCUUUGCGCCCUACACGCCCACCACUCCCAGUGGCUCAGGAUCCCAAUUUAUGUCUCUACCGGACCAGAAGUAUAAUGCGCCUGGCUCCCAGCGAAACAUUUCGAAUACACCCUUGGGUCUGGCCGAUAUUCGACCCCGCGCCGAUUCGAGCAUGUCCGAUGGCGUGCCCGGUAGCGCUGCAUAUGAGCUUGCCAAUGCCCAGCCUGGUACCAGCAACUACCUCGCUCCUUGGGCCCUGUAUGCUUUCGACUGGUGCAAGUGGCCUCCCCAGGGCAACGGCGCUGGGAAGCUUGCCGUCGGUAGCUAUCUAGAAGACGGGCACAACUACAUCCAAAUUCUGGAUACCCAAAUGGUUCCGACGCCCAACGAUGUCUAUCAACCGGGCACCCCGAAGAUCAACCUCGAGUUCCAAAAAGUCGCCGAGGCCACACAUUCCUACCCUGUGACGCGCCUGCUCUGGGAACCGCCCUCUUCGCAGAAGCAGUCCACCGACCUCCUUGCGACCUCUGGAGACCACCUUCGUCUAUGGUCUCUCCCCUCCGAAAGUCCUGUCUCCCAGAGCAACUCCAUAACCAAUCGAGCCAGAGACCCUGCCGUCACGAAACUUACGCCUCUCGCGCUACUUUCCAACUCCAAGACCCCUGACCAUACCGCGCCGCUUACUUCGCUCGACUGGAACACGGUUUCUCCUAGCUUGAUAAUCACGUCCAGCAUCGAUACCACGUGCACGAUUUGGGACAUUCCGUCGCUGACGGCUAAGACACAACUGAUUGCCCACGAUAAGGAGGUCUACGAUGUGCGCUUCUGCGCUAACAGUGUUGACGUCUUUGUGAGCUGUGGACAAGACGGUAGCGUCCGCAUGUUCGAUUUGCGUAGUUUGGAGCACAGCACCAUCAUCUACGAGCCUACUGGAAAGGAUGAGCGAGAUGCCAAUGGUGGACGAAUUAGCCCUACGCUCGCGCAGCAGACAAUGUCGAACCCCCCUCCAUUGUUGAGACUAGCAACUUCUCCCCACGAUACCCAUUUGCUGGCUACAUUUGCGCAAGACUCAAACGUAAUUCGGAUUCUUGAUGUGAGACACCCUGGACAGGCUCUCCUCGAACUCCGGGGCCACGGAGGCUCCCUUAACUCCAUUGAGUGGUCGCCCACAAGGCGUGGCGUCCUGGCCUCCGGAGCCGACGACUGCCAGGUACUGCUCUGGGAUGUAUACAACAGCAACCCUGCGCUUGGUGGCGGGCCACCUGCCAAUGGUGCCGCCCAGCCAGACAACAUAAGAAGUCCGUACGCUAGCUGGCAGUGCGAUUACGAAGUUGGUAACCUAGCCUGGGUGCCGCAUCUCUCCAGUGACCAGGGAGAGUGGCUGGGAGUAAGCGCUGGCCGGGGUCUUUGGGGUGUCAAGACGUGCGGACGAACCGGCGCCUGA